CCACUCGGAACUACUUGCUUUCACAUCCUUCUUUAAACACUACAAACUUUUUGGUUUGAGGAUGUUUUUAAUUAUCAAAUCUCUGUUUCUGUUCCAAAGGAGAUUAUUGAGUACGUGAUUGUUAUGGUGUUCAAUCUUAGUGAUGCUCAAUCUCCAGGAUAUGGCUUUGUUGAUGGCAUGGGUGUGGUUUUAGGUGGUGUAAGGAUAUGCCGGGAAUCCCCACUUCAGUUUUUCAACAUAAACUCAGCACCAAUCCCCUCUAGAAACUAGUAGCACAGAAGCGACGUCUCUUCGGGGGGGAGAGGUUAAAGGUUAUUAAAGAAGAAGUCGAGAAACUCCUACAAGCCGGCUUUGUCAGGAGGGUAGAUUACUGUGAGUGGGUCGCCAAUCCGGUGUUGGUCAAGAAAGCAAACGGUAAAUGGCGAAUGUGCAUCGAUUACACUAACCUCAACGACGCAUGUCCAAAGGAUUGUUAUCCAAUGCCAAACAUUGAUAAACUGGAGGAGGCAGCUUCGGGGAAUGAGAGAUUGAGUCUCUUGGAUGCAUACUCAGGUUACCACCAGGUCCCAAUGGAUCCUGAGGAUGAAGAAAAAACCUCGUUUUAUGCUGGUGAUGAGAUCUAUUGCUAUGUUAUGAUGCCCUUCGGCUUGAAGAAUGCAGGCGCCACUUACCAGAAGAUGGUUACCAUCGUGUUCCGAGCUCAGAUAGGACGGAAUCUGGAAGUUUAUGUUGACGAUAUAAUGGUGAAGAGUUUGAAAGCCGACGAUCAUUUAACCGAUCUUGAGGAGACAUUCAACAAUCUCAAACAGAAUAGAAUGAGGUUAAACCCAGCCAAGUGCAUCUUUGGUGUGGAAUCUGGAAAAUUCCUGGGUUUUAUGGUUUCUCGGAGAGGAAUUGAGGUCAACCCAGAGAAGAUCAGAGCAAUUGCCGAGAUGGAACCACCGAAGUCAGUAAAGGACAUACAGAGGUUGACUGGAAGGGUAGCAGCUCUUAAUCGGUUCAUAUCGAAGUCAGCAGAUAAGUGCCUACCAUUUUUCAAGAUCAUGAGCUCACCACCCCUACUGACUGAAGCCAAAGAUGGAGAAAUCCUCUAUCUAUAUCUGGGAAUUUCAUAUGAAGCCAUUAGUUCGGUUCUGGUAAGAGAAGAAGCUAAGCAGCAGAAACCAAUAUAUUAUAUCAGUAGUGUGCUGCAUGGAGCCGAACUGAGGUAUCCUAUAGCUGAGAAAGCAGCUUUAGCAAUUCUGCAAAAGCCUGAGUGUUUUGGAAGAUUAAUUAAGUGGGCAGUAGAACUGGGGGAGUUUGAGAUAACAUUUCAGCAGAGAUCUGCGAUCUGGGCUCAGGCACUGGCAGAUUUCAUUGUAGAGUGCACUCCAGGUAAUUCCAUUCCUAUUACGGAGUCCAAUGACUGGACCUUAUAUGUUGAUGGGGCAUCUAGUAGCAAAGGUUCAGGAGCUGGUGCUCUCUUGAUUGGCCCAGAUGGAUACCGAAGUGAACAUGCUCUGAAAUUUAACUUCGAGGCAACAAACAACAUGGCUGAGUAUGAAGCCCUGCUACUGGGUCUGCAAUUAGCCCUGGAAUUAAAACUCAGUACGAUCCAAGUAUACAGCGACUCUCAACUGGUGGUGAACCAAAUUAACUCAAUUUGCGAAGUUGUUGAUCCUGUGAUGGCGAAGUAUGUAGCUCUGGUGGCCGAGCUGAAGUGCAAAUUCCAGAAAUUCUGUUUGAGCAAAAUUCCCCGAACUGAGAAUGAACAGGCAGAUUCACUCUCUAAAUUCGCCUCUGAUAGUUCUUCACAUUCCAGAUCAGUUUUUGUGGAGGUCUUAGACAAACCAAGCUUCGUGAAGCCACGAGUGAUGGAGAUCAUACCUGAGGACAGGCAUGAGGCAAUGAAGUUGAGGAGGAAAGCAUCCCGGUAUACACUUAUUGAUGGGGUUCUCUAUAAGCGAUCUUUCUCUCUACCUCUUCUAUGGUGCUUGAAUCCCUAUGAAGCAGAAUAUGCACUCAGGGAGGUGCAUGAAGGUGUCUGCGGAAGUCACGUAGGUGCUCGAACUUUGGCUCAUAAAGUCCUUAGACAGGGUUAUUACUGGCCAAACAUGUACAAGGAUGCCACUCACUUUGUUCAGCGAUGUUUGAAAUGCCAGUUCUUUGCACACCUGACUCACCAGCCUGCAGAAGAACUCACUACUCUGGUAGCACCAUGGUCAUUUGCUCAGUGGGGAUUGGAUCUUUUGGGCCCAUUCGUAAAAGGGGUUGGUGGUGUAACCCACCUGAUCGUAGGUGUAGAUUACUUCACAAAGUGGGUUGAAGCUCGGCCGUUGUCCAGUCUUACCUCCAAGAAAGUUGAAGACUUUGUUUUCAGCUCAAUCAUCUGCAGAUAUGGGAUCCCGAAUCAGAUUGUAGCUGAUAAUGGAACUCAGUUUAACUGCACCUCUUUUCGAGAUUUUUGUUCCAGCUAUGGGAUUAAACUACAGUUCGCCUCGGUCUACCAUCCGGAGUCCAACGGCAUGGUCGAAUCCGUUAACAAGUGCAUCCUAGAAGGUAUAAAGCCGAGGCUGGAACAACACAAGGCCAAAUGGGCAGACGAGCUCAACAAUGUUCUCUGGGCAUACAGAACAACGAGUCGAACUGCCACAGGCGAAACACCUUAUCAUCUGGCCUUCGGAACCGAAGCAGUCAUUCCUGUCGAGAUCGGAGUCCCGAGCUUCAGGGUCACCCAUUUCGACGAAGGACGAAAUGGGCAGCUGCUUCGGGAGAAUCUUGAUCUACUUGAUGACGUUAGAGAAGAAGCGCGACUUCGAACUCUAGUCUACAAGCAGAAGAUAGCAAACUUUUAUAACAGACGAGUUCGGCCCCGAACAUUCAAAAUAGGAGACCUUGUCCUCAGGAAAGCUGGUCUUACGGGGUUCGAAACUCGAUUCGGCAAGUUAGCACCGAACUGAGAAGGCCCCUAUACUGUUGCCGAAGUGCCGCACCCAGGUGCUUAUAUCCUACGAGACACUGAAGGCAACCGAGUUCCCAGGGUCUGGAACGUCAAUAACUUGAAGAAGUUUUACCUUUAGUGCGUCUCUUUCCAGUAAACUUUGUCUCGUUUUUAUAUUUAUUCUCUUUGUGUCCGAACUCAAUUAAUAAACUCCACUUCACAUU